AUGGAGCAACAAGGGUUAGGAAUUUUGCUUGGUCUUGGCUCACUGGCACUCGGCUACGUAUUCUCAAAGAUAGGGGAAUAUGGAGGGAAGGAAGUGGAUCGUUUAAAGAACGUGCCUCGCUAUUACGACUAUUCUAAGCUAAGGAAUGACCUCUCUGCCUCUUCUAAUGGGGUUUUGUCACAAGUCAUGGUACAGGGUACCGCCAGACGGCCUCCUGGCUCCCCCUCUCUCUAUUCAGAAGACGCGGGGAUCGAAGGAGCAGCUAGACUAGUUAUAACAACCAACACCAGCAAAGUAUAUAACCAGACGAAUGACAAAUGGGAGGAGAAGAACAGGAGCCUUGAUAACGUGUGUCUCUCGGUUCCAUUCACAUUAACCGACCCAAAGGGUAAUGGGGUGACUGUCGAGAACAUUCACAUGUCACGCGGUUUCCGCUCUAUACUGCAAAUGGUCUAUCAGUUUAAAAGAGAGCCGGAGCAAAGAUCAAUAGGAGACUAUGCUGUUAACAUGACAUUGAGCGAAAUUCCAACAGGAUCGAGAACAAAGGAAUACAUGCUCCUCUAUGGCAGUAUGCUCGCUGGUAUUGGUGAUGCCAUGCAGCAAGGAGGGAGUGAUAUCGUCUUUUAUCCUAGCGAAGUCGGCAAAUCCAUACAGUCCUUGAUUUACGAGAAAGAAAUGAUUGUCAGUUUCAGCAAGUUUAUGACGACAGUUCUUGUACUUGGAGGGUGCUCUAUGAUAUUUAUAGCUUUUAUGCUGCCUUGGAUUAGAGAGAAACUGAGGAGAGAGAGUGAAAGGGACUUGCAAAGUUACUAA